CUAAGAUGGCGGUCGGGCGAAGAGAGUGAAGGUUGUUGCGCUGAGGUGAGGGGCGUCUCGCCGGGCGCCUCCGGCCCCGCAGGGCUCUUCUCCCACGGCGGGCCGCUCUCGCCCAUCUCCUGCCCCGAGCCGAGCUGGGGGCGUGGAGGAGCGGCCGGUCCAUGGCCAGGAGGUGGCCGGUGCGGUCGCCGCGGCCCCCGUCGCCAUGGACCUGCGCACGGCUGUGUACAACGCGGCCCGCGAUGGGAAGCUGAAGCUGCUGCAGAAGCUGCUGGGCAGCCGCAGCCGGGAGGAGCUGGAGGCGCUAACGGCAGGGCCCGGCGGGGGUGACGGCCCCGGGGGAGGGAGCACCCCGCUGCUGAUCGCCGCCCGGCACGGGCACCUGGAGGUGGUGGAGUACCUGCUGGACCACUGCGGGGCGCGCGUGGAGGAGGGGGGCUCGGUCAACUUCGACGGGGAGACCAUCGAGGGGGCCCCGCCGCUCUGGGCGGCAUCGGCGGCCGGGCACCUGGGGGUGGUGCGGAGCCUGCUGGAUCACGGCGCGUCGGUGAACCAGACCACGCUGACCAACUCCACGCCGCUGCGGGCCGCUUGCUUCGAUGGGCACCUGGAGAUCGUGCGGUACUUAGUCGGCGAGCGCGGGGCUGACCUGGAAGUGGCCAACCGACACGGACACACUUGCUUGAUGAUUUCUUGCUACAAAGGGCACCGGGAGAUUGCCCGGUACUUGCUGGAGAAAGGGGCUGAUGUCAACCGCCGAAGCGUGAAGGGGAAUACCGCCCUGCACGACUGCGCCGAGUCUGGCAGCCUGGAGAUCCUGCAGCUCCUGCUCCGCUCCAAAGCCCGCAUGGAGAAGGACGGCUACGGCAUGACUCCUCUGCUCGCUGCCAGUGUCACCGGUCACACCAACAUUGUGGAGUACCUCAUCCAGGGAGGGCUGCAGCAGGAGGAGGAGGAGGGCGCCGGGAACCAAAACGGGACCUGCGCCUCGGGUGGGAGCCAUCAGAAGUGCGGCGGCGCCGGCAAGGAAGCGCCGCAGGGCUGCGAUGGAGGGUGCGAGAGGUGCUGUGCCUCAGCUUCCUGUCAGGAUGAGCAGCAGGUCCCUAACGUGUUCUGCACUCGAGAGGCUGCUGUGGAAGCACUGGAAUUGCUGGGCGCUACCUUUGUGGAUAAGAAACGUGACCUUUUGGGAGCCCACAAGUACUGGCGGAGGGCGAUGGAGCUUCGGUGUGAGGGUGGGCAGUACCUGCCCAAACCUGAGCCCCGGCAGCUGGUCCUGGCCUAUGACUAUUCCCGGGAAGUGAGCUCGCUGGAGGAGCUGGAAGCCUUGAUCACGGAUCCCGACGAGAUGCGCAUGCAGGCGCUGCUGAUCAGAGAGCGCAUCCUGGGGCCCUCCCACCCAGACACGUCCUACUACAUCCGCUACCGAGGAGCGGUCUACGCCGACUCCGGCAACUUCGAGCGCUGCAUUAACCUGUGGAAGUACGCUCUGGACAUGCAGCAAGGCAACCUGGAGCCUCUCAGCCCCAUGACUGCCAGCAGUUUCCUUUCUUUUGCCGAGCUUUUCUCUUACGUGCUUCAGGACCGCUCCAAAGGCACUUUAGCUACUCACUUGGGCUUCUCUGACCUCAUGGGAGUCCUCAGCAAGGGGGUCCGGGAGGUGGAGAGGGCUCUCGUGCACGGUAAGGACCCUGUGGUUGACUCGGCACAGUUCACCAAGACAUUGGCCAUUAUCCUCCACUUGGUCUUCUUGCUGGAGAAGGUGGAGUGCACCCCGGAGCAGGAGCACCAGAAGCGCCAAACCAUCUACCGCCUGCUGAAGUGCAGCCCCCGGGCCAAGAACGGCUUCACUCCGUUGCAUAUGGCUGUGGACAAAGACACCACCACUGUGGGACGGUACCCUGUGGGCAAGUUCCCGUCGCUCCACGUCGUGAACUUGCUGCUGGAGUGUGGGGCUGACCCAGACAGCCGUGACUAUGACAACAACACCCCGCUGCAUGUGGCCGCCCGCAACAACUGCCCGCUGAUCAUGAGUGCCCUGAUGGAGGCCGGAGCUCACAUGGAUGCCACCAACGCCUUCAAGCAGACUGCUUAUGAGCUGCUGGAUGAGAAGCUGCUCACCAAGAGCAUGAUGCAGCCCUUCAAUUACAUCACCCUCCAGUGCCUUGCUGCUCGCGCCCUGGACAAGCACAAGAUUCCCUACAAAGGUUUCAUCCCUGAGGAGCUGGAAGCCUUCAUUGAACUGCACUAGGGCGGGAGAGCUGACGUCCCCAGCCUUCCCUGUCACCUCUUUCACCCUGCAGAGGUACCAGAAAUCUCCAGUGCACUGUACCCAGAGAAGGCCUCAGCCCCUGCCCUUU